AUGGUGAGCAACCCUCGCAAUCGCCUACUCGAUCUCCGUACUAAAGUUUCCCAGUCGCAGGUAGAUGCUACGGACUACUCUAUCCGCUUCAAGUACGGCGUACACACAAUCCUCCUCUUCGUCGAUAGCCUGCAGUCCUUCUCCGCCAUCAACAAAUCUCUACUCGAGGUGUUGCGUGAGCGCUUUCCGAAUGGUCUCAAAAUCUCGCCGGCAUUGUCCGAUGUCACCCCCGUGCCGACGUCGGAUGACGUCCGAAUAGUGUACGGUCUACCGAACAAUGUCAACGACCUCAGCCAAGGAUGGAAGAUACUACGGAUUGACGACGAUGACAAGCCUGUUAGCAAAGGCUUGAAGGAUAAUAUCCCUGUAGCAUUUGCAUUCCUCGCCGACGGUGAGGAGCUUGAUGACGCCCAAUUCCUCGUGGAUGUGCCUACCUUGGACGACGAGUACGAAGACGAGCUUGGGUCAGAUCCAUGAACAUUGGCUCACGGCCAAUACAAUUGAGAGAACCACGAUUGAAGCCUCGUUGGUCAAGAAAUUGCCCGUGGAUACCAGGUUCGCGACGCGUGCCCGAAAGUUCGUGAAGCAGCGCAUCAAAGCUUCUGGCCUGGAAGCAAAUCCCGAGGGGCACAUCGGACGCCACGUCCUUGCACAUGACGUACCAGCCAUAACGCUGUUGUGUCGACUCUCGCAACGAGAAGAAGACAAGAGAUGCUGGGUGGCUUCAGGCUGGAGGAGGACACAGAUUCGCGACAAGGUGCAUAGAUAGAUUUGAUUACAUCUCAUCUACUGAGGCUCAACGAAUGUCCCGGCCCACAUGAAAGUGUCUCCGGCGCUGCCAAUCCACCGGUCUUGAUGCUGUAGAACGUCGUCCUCAACCCAGCUGCCUGGCAAGCAGAGUUGGGGGUUCUCCACCAUAUUCCAGAAUAUUCCAGCAAGUUCUUCAUAUUCAAUGGCCCACCACAGAACCCAGUCCUCCGGUUCGGCACCGUAGUCGAUGUUGAUAAGUCGAAUAUGAUAGGACCUUGCGAGGUUAUCUAUCAUGUGCAAGAAAGGGCUUCUGCGAACUGUCUCAUUGCACUUUUGUCUCUCAUCGCUUCCAUUUGUGUGCAGAUUCACACCCGCGUACUUGACUAGUCUGAGCCACGAUAAGAGCGCUUGAGCCAAUGAUUCCCUAACGCGGCCUUCCGUCUUAUCAUGCCGGUGCGCCUCUAGUACCGCACAUAGGUAGGUGAGAAACGGGGUAUGUAGUACUGCUGAUUUCAUGUUGCUUAAUGAGUUGUAUGGCUCAAGAGACGACAGUUCGGUGUCCUGACGCAUGAGUAAGUUGCGAAUUGUUUCGCUCCAGCAAUCCGAAUCCGACUGAAGAACAGAUUUAGAAUAUGACAGCCCGAGGUUGCGGGCCGCUAGAUGAAGGACGAAACGACGCUUGCGAGCAUUGAACUCUGUGAAGUCUAUACUGCCCCUUGAUGAUCCUGAAUGGGUUUUUGGGC